AUGGAAGCAAUCUCAUGGGACAGGGUUCCUCAAGAAAUCAGACCCAAGAAAAGAAUGAGAAUUAGAUUUAGAUGUAGGCAAGCAAUGCCGGCGGACAACAGCGUCCAUGUUCCUGAAGAAAUUAUUCACGACAUCCUGCUGUUGUUGCCCAUCAAAUCUCUACUCAAAUGCACCGCAGUGUGCAAGUCAUGGAGGUCUCUAAUCCAAAGCUCUGCCUUCAUGCAUACACACCUCGGCCGCACAAUCAUCCAAUCAAACAACCGAAAUGACGACGCUCAGCUCUUGCUGCUACAGUCUUCCACCAGGGAAGAGCAAAAAAGAUCUUACUCGUUGCAUUGGGAUCGCUGCCCUUCAUUAAGUGAGUACUCCAAGUUUACAGAUCCAUUCGUAGCUUACAACGAAAUUAGUAGACGUCAAGAAGACAAUAAUCAAACAACAAAAAUGGGUAACAAAAACUGCAAGGUCAACGUGUUAGGGACUUGUAACGGGCUGGUAUGCCUCCAGGAAGGUGACAUUGCGACAUUAAUCUGGAACCCCAGUAUUAGAAAGUUUCUGGUUUUGCCUCCCCCUGUUGUUACCUUCAUGGGGUUUAAAAGCCACGCAUUUGGCUAUGAUCCGCGUACCAAUGACUAUAAGGUUUUCAGAAGUGUUAGUUAUUAUAAGACUCCCCGCUUGUCCCGUGCAGUUGAGAUUUUUUCCUUAGCCAGGGGCUCCUGGAAGAGGCUUCGUAAUGCUGUUGUUCCUGCAAACUUCUCGCCUGGAAACUUUACUAGUAAUGAUAAACUCGAUGCUCUUGUUAACGGUGCUCUGCAUUGGAUUCAGACAGAGGGGGACGACAAGUUCAUUGUGUCCUUUGAUUUGUCCACUGAAUUAUUUGGCAAGAUCCUGAUGCCUAUAUCAGCUUUGAGAAGGAGGGCUAAGAGGUGGACACGCGAAGCUCCCGUGGUAAAAAAUGUUUGCUAUGCUUCAAGAUACGGGGACUGCCUUGCCUUUUUUGAGAAACAUCAAAAUACGAAGUUACCUGGUGAUGUUCAUUUGUACUUGUGGGUGAUGAAAGACUAUGGUGUUGCAGAAUCCUGGUCUAAAUUAUUCAUUAUAUCUACACAAGAAAAUGUGCUCAGGCCACUUAGUUUCAGAAAGAGUGGCCAAGUAGUGCUUGCGUAUUCUUCGGAUGACAAGUGUUAUGAAUUGGUAGACCCUAACAGCAAACAAUGUGAUGAUUUUCGAAUUGAUGGGUACUGCCCCAGGACAAGCCUCUACUGCUUCAUGGAUUAUUUUGUAGAGAGCAUUGGCUUACUCGAUCGACCCGAUGCUAUUUCAUACUAG